AUGAGAUUCGUCGCAUUGAUUGCCCUUGUUGUGGCAGCCACUGGCCAGUUCACUUGUAUCAAACCCGUGAACCCUAUCCCUGCAGGUCCACCAGGUCUGUGUUGUCAACAAUUGGAUGAGUAUCCCAUACUCGAGUUUCUUUACGCUGGAAAUAAUUAUCUCUUGACCGAGGCCGAGGGUGGAGAGACAACGUACAACUCAUGCGAAAAUGGCCAACACGCUGCAUGCUGUGAUCCUGUUUUGACUGAAAUUGAAAAGACAAGUAAUAUUGCUUGUGUUUUGCCAGAAUCAUCAUGA